CAAUAAAAAUAAAUGCUGUAAUAUUGCGUAAAUUCUGAAAUUAAAUAACAAAAACUUAAAAAAAAGAUGUGUUAUAAAUACAUAGACGUUUCUCUAUAAUUGUGGAAUGAUGGAACUGGAACAAAUAAUAAUAGAAAAACUGUACAGCCUAAAUACGUGUAAAUUUUGUAUUAAACGAUUAUUGGCUGCUAAUGAUGAAUCUAUACAGGAGAAAAUAGAUACAUAUGUUGAAUCUUAUGGUAAAAACCAUGUAAAAAGGUAUAAAGCAUCCCCCUGUAAAUCUUGUUUGGAUAUAUAUAGUUAUUUAGAUGAAAUAGCCAAAAGAAUAGCUGAAAUGAUAACAAAAAACAAUCUGGAUAAUUAUCGACUAGUAAUUAAAGUGCCCUAUGCUAUUAUUAUGAGAAAUAAAUCAUUUAGUGUAUUUUUAAAUGAAAAAUAUCCUGAAUAUUACAAAGAUAAAAUAAUACUACAACCUUAUAAACCUUUGUAUUUUUUAAUAAUGAAUAAUUUGCUGAAAACAUACAAAAUAAAGUACAGAUUUCUCUCAAAUGUAAGAAUACACAUUAAUUUUGAGUACAGUGACGACAAAAAGGAAUAUUCAAAACUUGUAAAAGAAGAUAUAGGUGCUAAAAAUUUUAAGAAAAAAAUUCAAAUGACUGGGAGUUCCAUUAUCAAAAAAUAUGUUGGAGUGCCCCCUGAUACACCCACUGUCCCGGCUAUUUUAAGAAAUAUUGAAUUAAUAAUUCAAAAGUAUUAUAUUGGGGGAAGGUACCUAAAAUUUGAUAAAAAUUUUAGUCAGGGUAUUGGCGAAAGGUCAAUUACUAAUCUGUUCAAAAAUGUUAUGUCUAAAGUUUUUGGGAUAACUUCUAGUGAUAUAAAAAUAUAUUUUUGUGGAUCGGAUGGGCUAGGAUAUAGAGUUUUAGGUACAGGUCGGCCUUUUUGUGUAACCUUGUGCAACCUAAGAAAAAAACCUGACGAUAAUUCACUUGAAAUAGUUGCGGAAUUAUUAAACCAAACAUCGAGCUAUAAAGUCUCGAGCCUAAGUUACGUGAGUCCAAAUGAUCUACUUGAUCUAAAAGAUAAAGGUGUUAGUUGCACGAGAACUUUUCGAUACAUUUGCAAAAUACAAUGUGCAGAAAAAUUAGGAAAGGCUAUACAACAAAUAUCGAUGUUAGACAAAGAUGGGUUUUUUAUUAACCAAAAGACCCCAUUGGGGGUGAUACGUCAACGCACACAAGGUGUUAGAACCAAAAAAAUUUUGCAUGUAGAUGCUAGUACAGUCCAAGAUUAUCCCGAUUUAAUUGAUAUAAGUUUAAUAGUUGAGUGCGGGACAUAUACGGAAGAGUUCAUUCACGGCGAUUUGGGAAGAACCAAGCCAAAUAUAAGAGAUAUAAUAGGUUGUGAAAUUAGUAUUUUGUCCAAAGAUUUGUUAAGUAUUGCCCCCGAUUUCCCGCCCUUGGUUAGUAAUGACAAAGAUGAAAUGAGCGAUGAUGAGUUUUUUGAAGAGGUGGAUUUUGAUAUUCAUUCCUUUGGUUAUAGUGUAAAAGAUGAUACUGGAGAUCUAAACGUUUAUACUGGAGAAGUAAAAGAUGAAAAGGAUUUUGUAGAAUAGGUAUUAUUAUAUUUAUAAAUGUUGGAUAUUUAAUAAAAAACUUUUGUAAACAUUGAGAUAUAUAUUUAUAAUGAAGUAUAUUACUA